CUGACAUUUCUUUAUCAUAUUGAUGUUCAGUAUUUUUUAUUUUAAGUUGGGUAGAGAGAGAUUAUUUUUAUAUUCCCGUGCCAUGCAUUCGCUUCUUCUCUCUAUUGAUGCAGCGCCUGCAUUCUGACGCCCCCAAGCGUAGAAACGCAGCGUUACAGCAAUGACCCUGGUUUAAAAUGUGGAAGGAAACUCUGGAGGAGGUCCAAUGGAGACACAAGUGCUAAAGUUAAUUUGCGAGGAUUUCCAAGGAGCUGUUGACACCGCUGAUUUGAUAUACAAUCUCUUCCCCGGAGAUUCCGACAGUGUGUCGAAUAUCAUUUCUAACUCAAAGAAUUUCGCUCUGUGUUGUCCUAAUGGACAGCCAAGGGUGGUGGCCAGGACGAGUCUGAGGCUGUGCUGGGUCAGAGAGUGCCCGGGGUCAUGCGGUGGACUACACCUGUGCAAAAACUUCCUCUUCAGCGGCACUUGUCAUUUUACUAAGUCCAGGAGAGGCUGCAACUUCUCCCAUGAGCUGAACUCUGCCCACAAUCAAGAGCUACUGAGACAGCAUGGAUUGGAGAGUCUGGGCAGGGGAGCACUGUGCACACUGCUGCUACAGAGCAAUAAAGCAUUCCUUCCUUCUAUAUGCUAUGAUUACAACAACGGUGAUGGAGAGUUCGGCCGGUGUAAGGAUGGUAAUAGCUGCAGCAGACUCCACGUCUGUGAGAAGUUUUUAAGCCGUGACUGCAACUGCUCCAGGAACCAUGAUUUUUCUGCUCAACAGCCGCUGAAAACAUUCCGUGACAAAGGCGUGCCUGACACUCUCUUGCGCUCACUUAAGUCAGUUUAUGCAAAUAAAGAGGCUUUGAGGUGGUCUGACAAGAGUGGUAGGAAAAGUGGUGAAGGUUCUGCUGAUGCCAACGACAGUGAUACAAGACCAAACAGAGGACAAAGGCAUGUCAGAGACAAAACAGAAAUAUGCUUGUACUUCAUCAAAGGACACUGUAAGCAUGGAGAACAAUGCUUUAAAGCUCACGACAAGAUGCCAUACAGAUGGGAGGUGAAGGAGGGCGAUAAGUGGACGGCCUUGGCUGAGAAUGAGACAAUUGAGAAGGAAUACUGUGACCCCAAGAACUCCUACAGUACCAGCACCCCUCUUGUGCAUUUUGAUACCAUGACCUGUGGAUUUAACCAAGUACGCCGAAUCUCCACCGUUAACUCUUUGGUGGAGCCGACCUUCAUCCACACCACUGAGUGGGUUUGGUACUGGCAGGAUGAGUUCGGAAAUUGGAACCUGUACGCAUCAGACAUUGGUGGACACAAACAAGCAGACAUCACCAGUGCUCAGCUGGAGCAUAAGUUUCUGGACAACAAUAAAGAUGUGGUGGAGUUCAAGGCUGGAUCACAGACAUAUUCACUAAGUUUCCAAGACAUGAUACAAACAAACAAGCGCUUUGGCACUAAGAGAGUCGUGUGUCGACGGCCUCGAUUCGUCUCUGCUGCGGACGUCCAGUCAAAGAGAGUCAGAAGGCCCCUGAAUCAGUCAAUGUCUGCCCCUGUACCAGACCACUGGGACAAGAACCAGCUGCCUCCUACAGGAUUUUCGCGAAUCUCCCUCCACCGCACCUCAGAUGAAUUUAAGGAGGCUGAGUCUCUUUUCUGUAAAACCAUGAGAGGCUUUGAUGUUGUCAAGAUUGAGAGGAUUCAGAACAAAGCUCUUUGGGAAGUCUUUCAGUGGCAGAAGAAUUUGAUGAAGACCAACAACAGUGGGUGCAAUGUGGCAGAAAAAAAGCUUUUUCAUGGCACUGACUCCAAAUAUGUUGACGCCAUAUGCCACUCCAACUUUGACUGGAGAAUCUGCGGGAGCCACGGGACGGCUUUUGGCAAAGGUAGUUACUUUGCCCGAGAUUCCAGAUACUCCCACAGCUACACUGGUGACACUGAUGUCAAGUCCAUGUUCAUCGCACGGGUGCUGGUAGGAGACUACACCUUGGGGUCCCCCGACUACCGGCGAGCUCCUUCUAAAGAUAGUGGUGGCAUCAACUUCUACGACAGCUGCGUAAAUGACAUGAUGAUUCCGUCCAUAUAUGUGGUUUUUGAGAAGCACCAAAUCUACCCAGAGUACCUGCUGCAGUACAAGACCAUGCACCCACUUGUUGGCAUUUCCGGUGCUUCACUAGCACUGAGAUCAAUGGCAGCACCUCAGCUGGCGCUGGCACGUAAACGAGCGGCGGCACUAGCGGUGGCACCUAAACUAGUGGUGGCACCUAAACCAGUGGUGGCACCUAAACCGCCGGUAGCACCUAAACCAGUGGUGGCACCUAAACCAGCGGUGGCACCUAAACCGCGGUUAUCACUUAUUAUACCAAUCUAUCAACCCAAAACAAACUGACAUCCACCCAAUCGUUAUCAGUCCAGCACAGCGUCAUUCCAAUCCAGCUCAUCAUUAUACCAUCAUAACGUUGCCUCUUCCCAGGAUCUCUUAAGCAGUCCAACUCGACCAGCCCGUUUCUCACCAAUAUCUUCACCACCACCACCACCAGCCAAGAAGCAAGAUUCCUGUGUCAUUUCUUAAUGACAAGGAUCUUGGAUUAGCUCUUGCAGGAGGCUUUGGAUAAUUUGGUGAACUGAUUAAAUAUAGAAAUAAUAUUCAUUACUAUCCACUACCUGCCCAGUCGGGUGCAACCACGUUUGAUAUAACUCAAAUGUAAAGGAUGUAGACGCUUCAAUAGAAUGGUCGAUGCUGAAGUCACAAACUUCAGGUACAUUGCGAUCAAUUCAUUAUGUCUGAUUCUGCUGACCGUUUGUUGUGCACCAAAAACCAAAACACAAAAACAUACAAAAAACAAAACAUGAUGUCAAGUAAAUGACACGUAUAAAUAUGUCGGUUAUAGCUAACCAUUUUACUAAAUAAUGGAUCAUUCGAUAUGAAGUAACGGUGACGGAUCCUUAUCAUAAAGUUUGACUUGAUACCCAAACAAUCAUAGCUUACCGUUUGUCACCACAUUCGUAAUGUCAACGGGAAGUAUUAAACCCUUUGAGAUGCACAAAGGUGACAACGUGGUAGUUUGUGAAACCUUAUCUUUCACUUUGCCAUGUUGUGCACUGAGGAGCACGUUGGAAUUGUCAUACAAUGUUAUGCGAAAACAUCUGAGGGCAACGACUGACUCUGU